CACACACUCACACACUCACACACUCUCACUCUCCGUGGGGGAAAGUCAAGAAGUGGAGAGGGAACGAGAGAAGGGAGAGAGAGCGUGAUUCCAGGUCUCUCUCUGCUGCUCCCUCCACUUUGGGUAGCUACGCGUACCCAGCCUGACUCAAUGGGGCUUUAGCACUAAGGGGUUAAACGUUAAAAUAAAAUAUAUUUAUUAACCCCCGUACCCCUUGUCGUGUUUAGGCUUUAUGCAUUAACACAGACAUAGGUGACACAUCAAGGAAAGUCUCCGGGAGAGAGGUAAAGACGUCUCCAGAGGCGUACCUUUUUGUCUGCUGCCUCACAGAAGGUUCAGUCGGGCUCCCCUCGUCGACUGGCUUUCUGUGAGAGGAUAACAUCCCCCAUAUAUCCCACAUUUACAGCUCAACCAGGCCGGCAAACUACUGCAACACUAUGGAUAUUGGAGCUUGUCCCUUCAGGAAGAAACGGAGACCGUUGCGCAUGGACUUCUCAUCCUUUGCCUUGGUUACCGUGGCGCUUGCCAUGUGCCAAACGACGGUGGUUCGCGCAGACCCAGUGGACGUCCUGCGGGCCCUGCAGGUCCCCUCCCUACCUGAGGGUGUGAAGAAAGUCCCUGGCUUCUGCACGUCUCGCCGCUCCGGCAGCCCCGACCAUGCUUACCGCAUCACCAAGAAGGCUCAGAUCUCCGCCCCAACCAAGCAGCUCUUCUCAGGCCGGUUCCCAGAGAACUUCUCCAUCAUGGCUCUGGUCAAGGCCCAGGCUGGUACUCAGGCCUUCCUCCUGUCCAUCUACAGUGAGCAGGGCAUCCAGCAGCUGGGGAUUGAACUGGGACGCUCUCCUGUCUUCCUGUACGAGGACCAGAAUGGCAAACCAGCGCCUGAGGAUUACCCGCUCUUCAAAGGCGUCAACCUGGCUGAUGGCAAGUGGCAUCGCAUCGCCAUCUCUGUUUCCAAGAAAAACGUAACGCUGCUGUUGGACUGCAAGAAGAAGAUGACGCGUCCUCUGGCCCGCGGCGGCAACGCCCAGGUUGACACCAAUGGCAUCACCGUGUUCGGAGCGCGACUGCUUGAUGAGGAGGUUUUCCAGGGAGACAUUCAGCAGCUGCUGAUUGCUUCCAACCCUCAAGCUGCCUACGACUUCUGUGAACACUACAGCCCAGACUGUGACUCCCCUCUGCCCAAGACCCAGGCUCAGGACCCCAACGCAUACAAGAAGGCACUCAAUGGAAAAGCAGCCGCGACUAAAUCCACACUCGUAAAAGCCAAGCCCACUCCAGCUAAGCCAGCCAAAAAUGGACUGUACAAACUCGUAGUAAAGCCACCUAUGCCUUCCAAAGUUUCUAAGUCUUCCACGACCAAGUCGCCCAAAGCAAAACCCGCUGCAGUAGAGUUCCUUUUGUCUAAGAUCAGACCGACAGCAGCAGCUAAAUCUAAGUCCACACCUGCUCCAACUAAGAAUAGCAACAGUAAACCAGCCGCCCAGAAGAAAGCAAAUGGUGCAGCCAACGGCAACGGCAAUGGGAAAGGAACCACAGUAAAAUCCAAUGGCAAAGCUGUGGCCAAGCCUACAGCUCAAAGCAAAGUAAAUGGAAAUAGCAACAGCAAGAAAGUGAAUGGAAAUGGGAACUCAAAAUCCUCAGCUGAGAAGAAAGUCAAUGGAAAUGGGAAAGUCUCUGCUGUGUCACAUGUGAAUGGAAACAGCAUGGCGAAGAAAGCCAAUGGAAACGCUAAAAUCACCACUGAGGUUAAAGUUAAUGGUAAAGCUGAAAAUAAAAUCAUUAGUGCAGCUAAAGCUAAUGGCAACAACAAACUCACUACUGUGUUAGAAAAGAAAACUGUUAAUAAAGGGCCUGCUAAUCAAGUAAAAACUGAAACCACUGCAAAGUCAAAGACUGAGAAAGCUGUUAAAGUAGAAGCUACUAAAGGGCCGAAGCCCACAAAAGCAUCAAAGCCACAACCUACGAAACCGGCAAAAGCUAACAAAGCUCCAGCGGCAAAAGCCCAAGGGAAGGCAGAGCUCAAAGUGAAAACCGUGGUCACCAAAGUCGCCUUUGUCAAACAAACGGAGAGCAAAGCAGCGAAGAAUGUGGUCAAAAAAGCUCCCAUCCCAACAAAGGUUGCUCCGACAUCUGCUCGUGUCCAGCCCACUCCACCCAGACCCACGAAACCCAAGCUGACGGUGGAUGCCAAUGUGAAAUCCAAACACAGAGCUUUCCCGCCGUUUGGCGAGACUAUGCUGAGAGGAACCACAGUGGCAGCGAAGAAGGUUACCAACGGUUAUCAACAGCCCCACGUGGAGCCGGCGUUGGUGGGAGAGGCGGUAGACGCCACCAAGGCAGGUGGUGAGGUCAAAGAGGUCUUCACUGAGGAGUAUGUGACUGGGGACUUGGGCCUUAAGGAAUACGACUAUUCCUACAGAGACUACAGCGAUCCGUUACCAGAGACCGGAGAGGUUGAGGCAUACAUGGGCCCCGCCUUGUCCGCUGUGACAGACGAGGGAGGCGCUGCCGUCAGAGGCCAGAAAGGAGAGAAAGGAGAUCCUGCUGUCUUAGAGCCUGGAAUGCUGAUUGAAGGACCUCCAGGACCUGAGGGACCUGCUGGUCUAACAGGACCACCUGGCUCUUCUGGACCUCCUGGCUCUGUUGGUGACCCUGGAGAGAGGGGUCCUCCUGGUAGAGCGGGUCUGCCUGGGGCUGAUGGAGUCCCUGGACCUCCGGGAACGUCCGUCAUGCUGCCUUUCCGCUUUGGUCAGAGUGGAGGAGAUAAAGGUCCGUCUGUUUCUGCACAGGAAGCCCAGGCGGCAGCUAUCUUGUCUCAGGCCAGGAUGGCUCUGAAAGGACCACCUGGACCCAUGGGAUUCACUGGACGUUCUGGGCCCUUGGGAAAUCCAGGAAGUUCUGGUUUGAAAGGAGACCACGGAGACCCUGGUCCUCAGGGUUCAAGGGGACCACAGGGGGUGAUGGGUCCUCCAGGCAAGUCAGGAAGAAGAGGUCGUGCUGGUGCUGAUGGUGCGAGGGGAAUGCCAGGAGAAACUGGAAACAAGGGCGACCGUGGCUUUGAUGGUCUUCCUGGUUUGCCUGGUGACAAAGGACACAGGGGUGACUCAGGAUCAAUGGGGCCACUAGGACCUCAAGGAGAGGAUGGAGAGAGGGGAGACGACGGAGACAUUGGACCCAGGGGUCUCCCAGGUGAACCCGGACCUAGAGGUUUGCUCGGGCCCAAAGGUCCUGCUGGAAUCUCUGGACCUCCUGGAGUACGAGGAAACGACGGACACAAUGGUCCCAAAGGAAACCUGGGUCCCCAAGGAGAGCCAGGACCCCCAGGCCAGCAGGGAACCCCAGGAACACAGGGAAUGCCAGGACCUCAGGGAGCCCUCGGACCCCCAGGAGAUAAAGGUCCAACCGGAAAACCAGGUCUGCCAGGAAUGCCAGGAGCUGAUGGCCCUCCUGGUCACCCAGGAAAGGAAGGGCCUUCUGGCACCAAAGGAAACCAUGGUCCCAAUGGUCCUCAAGGAUCUAUCGGCUAUCCUGGCCCUCGUGGCCUUAAGGGAGGUCAAGGAAUCCGCGGACUGAAGGGCCACAAGGGAGAGAAGGGAGAAGACGGUUUCCCAGGAAUCAAGGGAGAUUUUGGAACCAAGGGAGAGAGGGGCGAGAUUGGACUCCCGGGACCCAGAGGAGAAGACGGUCCAGAGGGACCAAAGGGUCGUGUUGGACCUUCUGGAGAGAUUGGACAAAUUGGAACCGUUGGAGAGAAGGGUAAACUUGGUGUCCCUGGACUUCCUGGAUAUCCUGGACGACAAGGACCCAAGGGAUCUCUUGGAUUCCCUGGAUUCCCUGGGUCGAACGGCGAGAAAGGAACACGGGGUCAGUCUGGAAAAGCAGGUCCCAGAGGACAAAGAGGACCAACGGGCCCCAGAGGCCAGAGAGGACCGAGAGGUGCAACUGGAAAACUAGGAGCAAAGGGAACAUCUGGAAGUGAUGGUCCUCCUGGACCUCUUGGAGAGAGGGGUUUGCCCGGGCCUCAGGGAGCCAACGGUUUCCCCGGACCAAAGGGACCUCCUGGACCCCCAGGAAAAGACGGACUGCCUGGACAUCCUGGACAGAGAGGAGAAGUUGGUUUCCAAGGUAAAGUGGGUCCACCUGGGCCUCCCGGAGUUGUUGGACCUCAGGGACCCUCAGGGGAAACAGGCCCCUUGGGCGAGCGCGGCCACCCCGGACCCCCAGGUCCACCUGGAGAGCAGGGACUGUCCGGGCCUUCAGGGAAGGAGGGCACCAAGGGAGACCCCGGACCCCCAGGAGGCCUCGGGAAAGACGGGCCCUCGGGUCUGAGAGGUUUCCCUGGAGAGAGAGGAUUACCUGGAACCCCCGGCGGUGGAGGACUGAAAGGAAGUGAAGGACCUCCCGGACCUCCUGGAUCUGCUGGUUCUCCUGGUGAGAGGGGCCAAGCUGGAACCGCAGGACCUGUUGGACCUCCUGGCAGACCGGGCCCUCAAGGCCCCCCUGGAUCAGCUGGAGAGAAAGGAGUUCCAGGUGAAAAAGGUCCAAUUGGCCCAGCCGGGCGGGAUGGAGUACAAGGUCCAGUGGGUCUUCCUGGCCCCGCAGGGUCAUCUGGAGUACCUGGAGAGGAUGGAGAUAAGGGUGAGGUUGGAGAGCCUGGUCAGAAGGGUGGCAAGGGAGGAAAAGGAGAGCAUGGACCUCCUGGUCCACCAGGCCCAAUGGGUCCUCUUGGUCAACCUGGUCCAGCUGGAGCUGAUGGAGAGCUUGGACCAAGAGGCCAGCAGGGACCUUUCGGAGCUAAAGGUGAUGACGGAACUCGAGGAUUCCCAGGAGCCCCAGGACCCAUCGGUCUUCAGGGUCUACCAGGACCCCCCGGUGAGAAGGGAGAGACGGGCGAUGUCGGACCUCUUGGUCCCCCGGGCCCUCCAGGACCCCGCGGCCCAGCUGGACCCAGCGGCGCUGACGGUCCUCAAGGUCCUCCUGGUGGUUUGGGUAAUCCUGGUCCUCUUGGAGAGAAGGGAGAGCCUGGUGAGGGAGGACCCCCGGGAAUUGUUGGAGAGCCUGGUAAGAAGGGUCCUCGCGGAGAACGUGGAGAGAAGGGAGAGUCUGGACAGCCGGGAACAUCUGGACCCGCUGGAGGACGAGGACGACCUGGAGAUGACGGACCCAAAGGAAACCCUGGCCCCGUUGGUUUCCCUGGAGAUCCUGGUCCCACCGGAGAAGUUGGACCAAGAGGUCAAGACGGCGCCAAGGGAGAGAGAGGAGAGGACGGUGAAGCAGGAGAAUCCGGCUCCCCAGGACCUCCUGGUGAAAACGGCCCACCCGGCCCCCUAGGAAAGAGGGGCCCUGCUGGAACAAGAGGACCAGAGGGGCGUCAAGGAGAGAAGGGAACCAAAGGAGAUCCAGGUGCCGUCGGUCCUCCCGGGAAAACUGGCCCCGUCGGGCCACAAGGUACACCAGGAAAACCAGGAACCGAAGGUCUCAGAGGACUCCCUGGAUCAGUCGGCGAACAAGGAUCUCCAGGACCUGCUGGACAGAAGGGACCACCCGGACCUAUUGGGCCCCCUGGUUUGCCCGGCUUGCGUGGAGAUCCCGGCUCCAAGGGAGAGAAGGGACACCCAGGUCUCAUCGGUCUGAUCGGACCCCCGGGAGAGCAGGGAGAGAAGGGAGACCGAGGUCUCGCUGGGCCCCAGGGAUCCUCCGGACCCAAAGGAGAGCCCGGAAUGCCUGGUGGCACUGGACCUUUGGGCCCUGGCGGUCCUCCUGGUCUUACUGGUCCUCAAGGUAUCAAGGGAGCUAAAGGUGCCACGGGAGGAGCUGGUCCAAAGGGAGAGAAAGGUGUCCAAGGACCUCCUGGAUCUCCUGGCCCGCCAGGCGAGGUGAUCCAGCCGCUGCCCAUCCAGAGGAGUCCCAAGUCCAAGCGCUCCAUCGACGCCAGCCAGCUGCUGCCCGAGUUCGACCCAGACAUGCCCGCGUCCGACGCCGCCGGCACCGAGUUCCUGACGGGCAGCGAGGGCAUGGAGGAGAUCUUUGGUUCUCUCAACUCCCUCCGACAAGAGAUCGACACCAUCCGAUUCCCCCUGGGAACCCAGGACAGCCCGGCGCGCACCUGCCAGGACCUGCACCUCAGCCAGCCGGAGCUCAAAGACGGAGAGUACUGGAUUGACCCCAACCAGGGCUGCUCCAGAGAUUCCUUCAAGGUCUUCUGUAAUUUCACUAACGGAGAGACGUGCUUGCACCCCAGCAAGCCCGUCAACAAGGUGGAGAUGAGCUCCUGGGACAAAGAGACUCCCGGGUCGUGGUACAGUCAGUUUACCACCGGCAGCAAGUUCUCCUACCUGGACUCCAGCGGCGAGCCCGUGGGCGUGGUCCAGCUGGGUUUCCUGCGCCUGCUGAGCGUCCAGGCCCGCCAGAACUUCACCUACCACUGCCACCACUCGGUGGCCUGGGCCGACCAGACCGCCAAGAACAACCACAAGAGGGCGCUGCACCUCCGGGGCGCCAACGACGAGGAGCUGAGCUACGAGACCAACCCUUACAUCAAAGCCCUGAUCGACGGCUGCUCUUAUCGUAAAGGCUUCGACAGGACAGUCCUGGAGAUCAACACGCCACAGGUGGAGCAUCUCCCUCUGCUGGACAUCAAGGUGUCAGACUUUGGGGAGAGCAACCAGCAGUUUGGUUUUGAAGUGGGACCUGUCUGUUUCCAGGGCUGAAAACACAUCACACACACACACACACACACACACACACACAUAAAUGAUAAACAUACAUGCCCAAUAAUUUGUAAAUUAACUUGUAAAUGAUAUAAAACACACACACACACACACACAUUUACAUAUGCUGUCGUGGCAAACACAAACACACACUCGCGCUCACGUGCCUCCCAGCAAUAAUGGACAUCAAAAAAUUUAAAAGGAGUAAAUACCAAAUAAAAAAACAAAAAAAAAAGAGGAGAACAUCAGCAGGGAGCACGACUGCGAGGAAGGAGGAAAUAAAAACCAGGAGAGAGUUCCUUGGAGUUUAACAGUGUUUUCUUCACCUGCAGGAAAUGGGGGUGGGCUGAGAUAGAGCCGCCCCCCGUCUGCGAUCCCCCCUCUCACUCUUCUCUCCUCCCUGCUGACACACUACUAUUUUCCACUCGUCUUUCCUGCUCUACCUCCCCCUUCUCCUUCCAAGAAAAGGGUCACGCUCGGACAGUAUUAAUCCUUCGUUCACACUGCAAAGAAACCCCGCCCACGGUCAUGUGAUUCACAAGAUGUGGCUGUUUAAAGUGAAUUCUCUUGGUUUGGUUUGCGUCUUUGGUAUUUGUUGGGUUCUGUUUUUUUCUUUUGCCAUUUUUCAGAAACUAAACUCUAAACAGUAGAAGAUAAACUCAGACCUGAGACAGAAAUCUGCUCAGUGCAAAUGUUCAUCUGCUGAGGAUGUUGGUCGACUCUGGCCGAUAAAUAAACAGGUCAUGCAGCUCCGUAGGAGAUGGAUAUCAACAUCCGGUGACUAGUUAACAGAUUUUUUUUAAAAGACGACACCACCCAGAAUCGAAACUCUGACCACACUAAUCUUAUUUGAUUGAUUGAUGAUUAGUCUUAGUCUUUCUUUGACAAAAGUUUUCUCCUCUGCAAUCUUCUCAUCGCAGUCACGACACAGUUCCGAGGGUGCCUUUUAAACAACUUUUCUCAACAUUUGUUUAGCGUUGCAGGCAGUGAAGCAGGACAAAAGAUCAAUCAAUGCCAAGAUCAGUGAAAUUGAAGCCAUUAUUUUGUUUUUUUUAUGAACUAAACAUGGUGCUUUUUGUAAAACAAAAAAAAGAGUAGAUCCUUCUUCACAUCCCUGGUCAGGAUCUUUGAGUGGCCCCCACACACCACUGCAGUAUUUGCUGAGUCACUUUCUGGGUAAUUCAAAGCUGCAUUUGCUUUUGUUUUUUCUGCCGCAGUGAAUAAAACGCAUGCUUUCCUGAAUCAAACUGUGUGGCAAGGUGCUAAUUAUAUAUAUAUAGAUAGAAAUAUAUAUAUAUAUUAAAAAAAAGUCCUCCAUUUCCUUUAACCUCUUUACAUUUUCACGAAGCUUAUUACUAGGGAAAUGUGCAUUACAUUCCAUUUGUACAGAAAUAGUGAUAUUCUAUUGUAUUUAUUUAAAAACAAACAGGGUGCUCUGAGAUUAGAAUAACAAGAAACGAGUAUCUCAGUCAAAUGUGGUGUAUAUCAGAUGUAUUUAAUUGCUCAACUGAAGCAAGGAUCUUACUUUUUUUUUUAGAAACUUGGAGCCAGCUUAGGUUGCGACGCCUCUGUUCACACCCUGUCCAAACUCUUUUUGUACAACCAAAGAAUCUGCGUCCAUGUCUUAUUGUAACAUCCCAUUUAGUGUUUUUUUCAUCAACUGUGCUGUGCUGUUGAAUUUUUGCUUCCACUGUAAUGAUUAAAUGGUGACUCUCCAAUUCAGUGUCAUUGCUGCCGUUUCACUCGAGAGUGUGUCGCGUCAAGUUUCCUGAUGUUCCUUUUUUGGGUCGCAGUAAUUUGCUGGAUCGGCACCUGCGGUCGCAGAGACUGAGGUGCUGAAAACAUUAAAACACAAUCCUGUGCUCUUUUCUGUCAAACUGAGAAGACAGCAGGUGAGAGACGAGCUGUGAGAGGGAGGGAGGGGUGGAGGCGGUGUGAAAUCAGAAAGGUGCCUGAUUUCAUACUAGGGUUAUGAUUUUAUUUGUUCUUAUUUUUUAAAUAUAGCAGGAAAGUGGGGAGAGAUGGCAAAAAACCUGAAACCAAAAAAAGAUUCUGCCCUUCUCUGGAGAGAAUGACCUCAACUAUUUGUUUCAAUAUGUUGAAAAUGUUUCAACAUGAAAAAGUGGUGCUGAAAAGAGAAAAAAAUAUUAUUUUAUAAUGUCUGUAAUUAAUUUUUUUUUUUUUUUUCAAAAUUCUUGUUUCUGUAAUAUAUAAUCUUUUUAAAAGAACAGUUGGACUCUUUGUUUUUUCUUCCACUCUCCUCAAUGUGGUAGCUGUCGUUCCUACAAAUGACCACAAGGCGUCGCUGUUCUUCAGUCCGUCGGCGAAUUUACAGGAUCGAAAAGCUUUUUUUGCCUUUUUUUUUUUAUGUCCCUCUGAGAAAAAGGGGAAAGAGCAAUAAAACGGACUGUACACAUUUUGUUUGUGAAUUUGUUCAAUUUAAAAAAUGUUAUUAAUAUAAAUGUGAGAUGUGUCUUUGGACAAUCCUGCUCAAUUUUCAUUAAAAAACAUACAGUCAAUGCAAAGGUUGAAAGCCAA